GAUAGAAUGACAAGUGUACGACGUUCCUUUUUCUCUUUAAAACACGUGUUUACGUGAUGCACUCGUUUAGAGUGUUUAUUUUAACUAAAUAGUUAUAAAAUUAAUUCAAAAUGAGUUUAUACAACUUCAAAAAGAUCGCCGUAGUGCCUACGGCUAAGGAUUUUGUCGACAUAAUAUUGUCGAAGACACAAAGGAAAACACCAACGGUGAUACAUAAGCACUAUAAGAUAUCCAGGAUACGUGCAUUUUACAUAAGAAAAGUUAAAUUCACACAACAAAACUUUCACGAUCGGUUAUCACGGAUUAUACAGGAGUUCCCAAAACUGGAUGAUGUUCACCCAUUCUACGCCGACCUCAUGAAUGUGCUGUAUGACAAGGACCAUUACAAACUGGGUCUUGGUCAACUGAACACGGCCAGACAUCUUAUUGAUACCGUGGCAAAAGACUACGUCCGGCUACUGAAGUACGGCGACUCGCUGUACCGAUGCAAGCAGCUGAAGCGCGCGGCGCUCGGUCGGAUGGCCACCAUCAUGAAGCGGCAGGCCGCCAAUCUCACAUACUUGGAACAGGUGCGCCAACACUUGGCUCGGUUGCCCUCCAUCGACCCCUACACGCGCACAAUCAUCAUCUGCGGCUUCCCCAACGUUGGCAAGUCCAGCUUCAUCAACAAGAUUACCCGAGCCGACGUAGAGGUCCAGCCGUAUGCGUUCACAACCAAAAGCUUGUACGUUGGACACACGGAUUACAAAUAUUUAAGGUGGCAGGUGAUCGACACGCCGGGCAUCCUGGACCAUCCACUAGAGCAGCGGAACGUGAUCGAGAUGCAAGCAGUGACCGCGCUGGCGCACCUGCGCGCCGCCGUGCUGUACGUGCUCGACCCGUCCGAGCAGUGCGGACACUCGCUGCCCGACCAGAUAUCGUUGCUGGAGAGUAUAAAGCCGCUGUUCGUCAACAAACCGCUGAUCGUGGUGCUGAACAAGAUGGACGUGGUGCGGCCCGAGGACCUGGCCCCAGAGAAACGGGUCCUCAUCGAGCAGCUGGAGCAGGCCUGCAGCGGGGGCAGCAUGGUGGCUGGGACGAACAGCGAGCUGUCCAAGGUGCCUGUGAUGAGAAUGUCCACCAUGACGGAGGAGGGAGUACAGGAGGUCAAGAUCGAGGCCUGCGAGCGGCUGCUCGGCCACAGGGUCACAGAGAAAAUGAGGACCAAGAAGGUGGACGGCAUACUGAACCGGCUGCACGUGGCGGUGCCCACCCCCCGCGACAACAAGUCCCGGCCACCCGUCAUCCCGCCCUCCGUGGCGCUCAAGAAGCAGCAGAUGGCAGACAGGGAGGCCAGGAAACGGAAGCUCGAGAGGGAGAUCGAGAUCGAGAUGGGAGACGACUACGUGCUGGACCUCAAGAAGAACUACAGUGAUAUACCCGAGGAUGAGCGUUACGACCCGAUCCCAGAGUUUUGGGAGGGGCACAACAUUGCCGAUUACAUAGAUCCGGAUAUAUUCAAGAAACUAGCAGAGAUGGAGAAGGAAGAAGAGUUACGCGAAGCUGGCGGCAUGUACGCUGUACCCAAAAUAGAACUGGACCAGACCAUGCUCGAGAUACGGGACCUCGCCAGGCAGAUACGCAACAAGAAGGCGAUCCUGAAGGACGAGUCGCGACUCACCAAGCAGUCGACCAAGCCAGUGAUGCCGCGCACGUCGAGGGCUCGCGCCCGCGGACGUUCAGCGUCGCAGCUGCGCGACGAGAUGGAGAAACUGGGCGUGGACAUGUCGGACACGAAGGAGGCCCACUUCACCCGGAGCCGGUCGAAGUCGCGCGGCCGGUCCGCGUCCGGCCCGUCCGGCGCGUCCGGCCCGGCCGCCAAGCGUGCCCGGAUGGAUUCCCGCGUCCGGUCCGUCAGCCGACCCGCCCGGGACGAGCAGGGCGUCAAGGAUGUCGCUAUGCAAAAGAAAGCCAAGAAACUCGCCCACGUGGCCAUCGCCAAGAAAACCAAGAAGAUGGGUCUCAAAGGAGAAGCGGACAGGUUCAUCGGAACCAAAAUGCCCAAACAUCUGUUCUCGGGCAAGCGCGGCGUCGGCAAGACGGAAAGACGAUAAUUUUUAUAUAUAUAAACGUAAUAUUUCGCGUAAAUAUAUACUAAAUACUGUU